AUGUCUUGUAACGUACAAAUAGAUCCGAUGAAAGUGAACUACGCGGCGGUGGAACCAGGAGAAGAGGUGGUAAUUUCUGGUCUCUCUGGAAGGUUUCCAGAAAGUAGGAAUGUAAUGGAACUGAAGGACAAUUUAAUGAACAAAGUGGAUCUUAUCACGGAGAACUACUCAAGAUGGAGACUAGAUCACGCGGAAAUCCCAAAGGGUGGUGGUAAGGUGUCCGAUUUAUCCAAAUUCGAUGCAAUCUUCUUCGGCGUUCAUUACAAACAAGCUCAUACAAUGGACCCUAUGUGUCGGAUGUUGCUGGAACACGCAUACGAAGCCAUCGUCGACGCAGGAUUGAAUCCUAGACAACUCAGAGGAACCAAUACAGGAGUUGUUAUAGGAUCUUGCGUCAGUGAGGCGGAGAAGACUUGGUUCUACGAAAAGCUACAAGCAAAUGGUUUCGGCAUUACUGGAUGCAGCAGAGCCAUGUUAGCCAAUAGGAUCUCCUAUUUCCUUAGUUUACACGGUCCAUCUUACGCGAUUGAUACAGCUUGCAGUUCCAGUUUAAUCGCGCUGGAUCAAGCUUACAGAAUGAUUCGAACUGGAAUCUGCGACAAGGUGAUCGUCGGAGGGAGCAAUCUUUGUCUUCAUCCCUACGUAUCUCUUCAGUUCGCUCGUCUCGGCUUACUAGCUCCUGACUGUCACUGCAAAUCCUUCGAUAUAAAAGCAAACGGCUACGUUCGCAGUGAGGCGACCAGCGUGAUCCUCUUGCAGAAGGCGAAAGACGCAAAGAGAAUUUACGCACAGGUUGUCUACACGAAAAGCAACUGCGACGGAUACAAGGAACAGGGGAUCACAUUCCCUGCUAGUGAAAUCCAGAAAAUGCUUCUGACGGAAUUCUACAAUGAAUGCAAAGUAUCUCCUAAUGAAUUGGCCUUCUUGGAGGCUCAUGGUACCGGAACUAGCGUCGGUGAUCCUGAAGAAUUAAACGCUAUUGACAAAGCCCUCUGUCAGAAAAGGACCGUUCCUCUCAAGAUCGGCUCGAUCAAGUCGAAUAUGGGUCAUACUGAACCUACCAGUGGUCUUUGCUCGGUAGCUAAGAUCAUCAUUGCAAUGGAAAGUGGUCUGAUUCCUCCAAACAUAAAUUUCGAAAGUCCCAUGAAAGGCAUGAAGUGCUUCGAAGAAGGAAAAGUCGAAGUGGUCACGGAACCAACCCCAUGGAAGGGUGGUUACGUAGGAAUAAAUUCAUUUGGUUUUGGUGGCGCCAAUGCUCACGUUUUAUUAAAAUCCUAUACGAAGGAGAAAGUAAACAAUGGAGCACCUUCUGACGAUUUGCCAAGAUUGGUGAUAGCGUCUGGACGUACGCUAGAAGCAGUAGAAACUCUUCUCAAUCAUAUUGAAAGUAUACCAGUGGACGUGGAGUACAUCCGACUUUUCUAUGAUAUUCACUCCGAAAAUAUAACUGGCCAUUUAUUUAGAGGAUACACAGUGAUUGGAUCAGGAGACAUUAAACCACCAAGAGACAUUAAAGACUAUUCUGGCAUGAAGAGACCAAUUUGGUUCGUGUUUUCUGGAAUGGGAUCACAGUGGUCUGGCAUGGGUGAAUCAUUGAUGAAAUUCCCUAUCUUUGCCAAAGCCAUCCAAAAGUGCGACGCGGCUUUAAAACCACACGGUAUCGACAUUGUUGAUAUCAUCACCAACAAGGAUAAGAAAACUUUCGAUAAUAUUUUGAAUUCCUUCGUUGGAAUUGCUGCUAUUCAGAUUGGUCUUGUUGAUCUAUUAACAUCCGUGGGUAUCGAACCGGAUAACAUAAUUGGUCAUUCCGUCGGAGAACUCGGUUGUGCCUACGCGGAUGGCUGCUUCACUGCCGAGCAGAUGAUACUUGCGGCAUACUCUAGAGGUCUGGCGUCCAUCGAAACGCCAAUGAUUCAAGGAUCUAUGGCUGCAAUUGGUUUAGGAUACGAAGAGAUCAAAGACUCGUGCCCGCCGGAUAUAGAGGUUGCUUGUCAUAAUAGUUCCGAUAGUUCUACCAUAAGUGGUCCAACUGAAUCUGUGAAGCAAUUUGUUGCCAAAUUACAGGCAAAUAAAAUCUUCGCAAAGGAAGUAGCAUGCAGCAAUAUAGCGUAUCACAGUCGUUACAUCGCGGAGGCAGGACCAAGAUUAUUGUCAUACUUGAAAAAAGUGAUUCCCCAGCCAAAAGCAAGAAGUUCCAAGUGGGUUAGCACCUCUGUGCCUCGCAGUCAGUGGUACACGGAAGUUGCCAAGUACUCCUCCGCGGAAUAUCACACCAAUAACCUGUUGAAUUCUGUCCUGUUCGCGGAAACAGCGACGCUGAUACCAUCUGAUGCUAUAACCAUAGAAAUUGCGCCUCAUGGUCUCUUACAGGCGAUCCUAAAGAGAUCCUUAGAUCAGAAUGUAACAAAUAUCGCAUUGACUCAAAGAGGUCAUAAAGACAACGCUACAUGUUUCUUGCAAGCCCUUGGGAAAUUAUAUAAUGUUGGUCUGCAACCACAACUCGCGAAUAUUUAUCCGCAUCUAGAAAUGCUAAUAACGAUUCUUCUUUCGAUUGAUACUUUGAUCAAAGAAUGUCAAUGUUACAUUUUCAGAUGGGAGCAUUCCGAAGAUUGGUACGUGCCAAUGUAUACUCAAUGUCAGAAGAUUAACACAGCAGAGCGAACGAUUGAAGUAACUCUUAAACAUGAGAACUACGAGUAUAUGAUGCAUCAUGUGAUCGAUGGAAGGACUCUAGUACCGGCCACAGGUUACCUGAUUAUGGUUUGGGAGACGAUUAGUUUCUUACAAGGCAGACUUUACGAUGAAGUAUCAGUGGUUUUUGAGAAUGUGAAAUUUGAACGUGCAACAACCGUGCCCGCAUCUAGUUCCGUUUUAUUGACUGUCAUGAUUCACAGAGCAUCUGGAAAAUUCGAAAUAUCAGAGGGAUCCACGACAGUAGUAACAGGAUCAAUUCGCGAACAAACGAAUUCAGAUCAGGAGAUGAUUCCAGCUAAGUUUUUGACUGAGAUCGAAGACGAGGAAGUUCUGACCAGCAAGGAUAUUUAUAAAGAGUUAAAACUCCGUGGUUACCAAUACACGGGACUAUUCCGUGCGCUGAAGAGCGCAUCGCACAAGGGAACGAAAGGACGUAUUGCUUGGAUGAAAAAUUGGGCCGCAUUUAUGGACAACAUGUUGCAGAUGAAGAUAUUGAAUCUCGAUACUAGAGCGCUAUAUGUACCAACAGCGAUUCGGAAGCUAACAAUUGAUGUGAAGGCUCAUAAUAACGUAAUUCGAUACCUCACGGAAGAUGAUAAUGAAAUUCCAGUCUCGGUGUACAACGAUUAUGACGCUGUAGUAUCUGGCGGAAUCGAAAUCCGCGGAAUAAGAGCCAGCGCGAUUCAAUCACGAAAAUUAACGUCUGUCCCUAUCUUGGAAGAAUACAAAUUCGUAGCUCAUCGUGACAAAGCGCAAACAUCGUUAGAAGAAAUGAUCAUCUUGUCCACGCAACUUGCAUUGGAGAGUCACAUUAUAACCAGCCCCAAGAUUCUCGAAGUGAUCGAUAAGGAAAGCAAAGUACCAAUUGACGAAACUCUUACUCCGCUUUUUAUGAAGGUAUUGAGCGAUUUACCCAUGAUUCGAGCAAAUUUGGUUCUUGCCGCAGAAUCAGAACAAAGCGAAAAAUUAUCACUUUCUGAGACUGUUACAAUAAUAGAACCACAAAAAUUGCCAGAGGACGGCAGUAUUUUUAUGGCAGCUGCUCACAAUAUUUUAUCUAACAAGAGAGCUGACAUUUUGGAACAACUUCUAGUUGCAACAGUGGAUCACGGAUUUAUCCUCCUUCGAGAAAGUGUUGUCAAUAGGGAUACUUUCUCUUAUCUUCAAACUUGUGAUCUGAAUGUUGUACUAGAAAAGUCUUUUAAAGAGCAGACUCUGUUGCUUCUAAAGAAAGCAGAAAAACCACCUCAGAAGACAGAAGUAGUGUACGUGAACAACAAUGAAUUCAGUUGGUUAGAGAAUAUAAAGAAAAUCUUAAACAAUGAGAAAGAUAAAAAUAAUAGUGAAACAAUAAGAUUGAUACUAGUCGCAGAAGGAGAUAUAGAGAAUGGUGUUCUAGGUUUAGUCAAGUGUUUAAGAAGAGAGCCCAACGGUGAAAUUGUAAAAACUGUGAUAAUUCAAGACAAAAAUGCUCCCAAGUUUUCAUUGGAAGAUCCAUUUUAUUCGAAGCAGCUUGAUAUAGACAUUGGCUAUAAUGUCUUGAGACCAGGAAAUAUCUGGGGAACUUAUAGACACGUUCCUUAUCCAGAAUUAAAACCAGUUUUGAUUCCUCAUGCCUACGCUAAUUUAAAGGUAAAAGGAGAUUUAAGUUCCAUUCAAUGGCUGGAAGGUUGGAUCCAACCAAAUGAGAAAGACCAUAGCAUCGUCAAAGUGGUGUACUCUUCAUUGAACUUCAGAGACGUAAUGUUGGCUACUGGAAAAUUGAUGGCAGAAACGAUAGCGAAGAAAAGAGAAAUGAGCGACUGUCUGAUUGGUUUUGAGUUCAGUGGAAUCGAUUCUAAAGGAAGACGCGUAAUGGGAUUUGUCGAGGCUAAGGGUAUAUCAAACAUGGUCAUUCCAAAUAAAUAUUGUUUAUGGCCAGUGCCAGACGAAUGGUCUCUGGAAGAUGCAGCAACCGUUCCAUCUGCCUAUUUUACUGUCUUUUAUGCCUUCUACUAUUUUGGGAAAUUAAGAAAGGGCGAAAAGGUGUUGAUCCAUAGUGGAAGUGGUGCAGUAGGCCAAGCUGCCAUUAACGUGGCUCUCUCUGAAGGCUGUGAAGUGUUUACGACAGUAGGCACGCCUGAAAAACGUAAAUAUAUCAGAGAAACAUUCCCCAGUAUAGACGAUGAUCACAUUGGGAAUUCUCGAGAUACCAGCUUCGAGCAAAUGGUAAUGAAACAGACACGUGGAAAAGGUGUAGAUAUAGUUUUAAAUUCUCUAGCUGAAGACAAGCUCCAAGCAUCGAUUCGUUGCCUGGGUUAUCGCGGACGUUUCUUGGAAAUCGGUAAAUUCGAUAUGUCUGUUAAUAAUCAAAUUGGAAUGGAAGUGUUUUUGAAAGAAAUUAGCUUUCAUGGAAUCAUGCUCGAUGCUAUAAUUCAUAACACCUCAGCUCACAUAACUGAAGAAAUAUAUCACUUCCUUAAUGCUCAAAUGAACAGAAAAUGUAUCAAGCCUUUGGUCAGGAAAUGCUUUGAGAGGAACCAGUUGGAGGAAGCUUUUAGGUACAUGGCGGCAGGGAAGCACAUUGGAAAGAUUCUGAUUAAAAUAACAGAUGAAAAUACGCCUUUGAAUACACCAAUUCUUGCUUAUCCUCACUUCAAUGCUAUAAGUAACAAGAGCUAUGUAAUCAUUGGUGGUCUUGGAGGAUUAGGUUUAGAACUUGCAGACUGGUUAGUCCUACGUGGUGCUAGAAACUUAGUAAUGGUCUCUCGAAAUGGAAUGAAGACAGGCUAUCAAAAACUAAGGACAGAGAUCUGGAAAUCCUAUGGAACGAAAAUCCUCAUAAUAUCUGGCGUAGACGCGUCUAAAACCGAUGAUUGUGAGUUUAUCCUAAAAUCGGCAGAGAAACAGGCAGCUGUCGAUGGUAUCUUUAAUCUAGCAGCUGUAUUAAAUGACUGUCUGAUGGUAAACCAAACUGUGAAAUCAUUUGAAGAAAGCAUGAAACCCAAGGCCAUGAUCACCAAGAAACUGGACGAACUUUCUAGGAAAAUUUGUCCAAAACUUCGACACUUUGUAGUAUUUUCUUCUUUAUCAUGUGGAAGAGGAACUCCUGGACAAACUAAUUAUGGCAUGGGAAAUGCAGUAUUAGAGAGAAUUUGCGAAAGAAGAGUAGAGGAAGGUUUUCCUGGCAUGGCCAUUCAAUGGGGAGCUGUGGGAGAUGUUGGUCUUGCUGCAGAAAUGCUAGAGAACAAGCAGCAGUUGGUAAUCGGUGGAACCUUACCUCAGAAGAUAUCCUCAUGCUUAGAAGAAUUGGACAAAUUUUUGUGUCAGAAUAGACCAAUAGUGGCCAGCAUGGUGGUUGCAGAAAAACGUUUUAGCGCUAAUGAAGUUAGCAAUGUUCUGGAAGCAGUAAUGAAUAUUAUGAGUAUAAAGGAUAUAAAAACUGUGAGUCAUAAUUGUUCCUUGGCUGAAUUGGGUAUGGAUUCUAUGAUGGCUGUGGAAAUAAAACAGACUUUAGAAAGAGACUUUGAGGUUUUCUUAACUCCACAAGAUAUUAGAGUUUUGAACAUUGCCAAACUUGUAGAAAUGUCCGCAAAGGAUACAAAGAAACAAACGAAAGAAGUUAAGAAAAGAACAACCAAAACAGAAAAAUUAACUGGCAUGAGAUUGCUCAUGAAGACCCUAAAUGUUUCUGUACUUAACAACCAGUAUUGUAUAGAGCUUCCAGUUAAAUGUAGUGAAAAGAAAAAUGAAGUAUUUCUUAUACCGGGUAUCGAAGGAUCUGCCGAAAUUUUUAGCGCAUUGACAUCAAAAUUAAAAUUACCUGCCACUUGUUUACAAUUAAGAAUAAAUGACAAUAAUCGAUCGGUGGAAGAGAUGGCCGAAUCUCUUUUACCACAUGUUUUAGCGAGGAGUAAAAAUCGUCGAAAUUUCACAAUAGUUGGCUACUCAUAUGGAGUAUUGAUAGCUAUAGAGUUAGCAAGGAGACUAGAAUCUCAUAUUCCAGUCGGUCAACUAAUAUUAAUAGACGGAUCUCCCGAUUAUAUGAAAGCUAUCAAGUCAGAACACUUCGCAUCGCUUACAGAAGAUGAAUAUCAAAAUAAAUUCCUAAUUGAAAUUCUGAGUCUCGGUAAUCCGUCCUUCGACAAAGAGUGCAUAUUAAAGCUGAACAAGUGUACUAAUUGGAAUGAAAAAUUAGAUGUAGUAGUCAAAUACACAGUCGACCUUCAAAAGGUUUACACGCUAAAAGAUCAAAAAAGUUAUAUAUCAUUUAUUUAUAACCGUAUCUGUGUAUUAGACAAAUACGAUCCUUCUUCCUUGCCACCUCUUAGAACGCCCAUCACAUUAUUGGCACCAACAAUUCCAGCUGUCAUAUGUCCAGACUCAACAUAUGGUUUGCAGAAGUUAACUCAUGGAAAUGUGAAAGUACAUAAGAUCGAAGGAAAUCAUAUUUCCAUUUUGGAUGAUUGGAGAAUCGCGGCAGCCAUUAAUAACGAACCUUUGGAAGACGCGGCAACUUUCAAGGAGAGCUUAAAUUUCGAAACCAACGACGUGACAUUGUUUAAACAGUCUGAAAAUUUUAUUUAG